UCUGUUUAUCUUGCUCAGAGUGAACCUGAACUCCCAAAUACGUCCGUGGCUUCUCACAGAAUCAGUCAUGGAGCUGCUGCUGCCUCUCCUCGCUGCCUUUCUUGCCGCUCUGAUCGGAGGCCUGUACGUCCUCGGGGUUUUUCGGCAGCGGAAACCUGGAGAACCCCCCCUGGAUAAAGGCCUCAUUCCAUGGUUGGGGCACGUGCUGGAGUUUCGCAGAGACACGCUGAAGUUUCUGGAGAGGAUGAAGCAAAAACACGGGGAUGUGUUCACAGUGCAGAUAGCGGGAUUUUACAUGACGUUCCUGCAGGAUCCUCUGUCGUUUGGAGCGUUUGUGAAGGAGAGUCGGGAGAAGCUGGACUUUAACAAUUUCGCUGCACAGCUGGUGAACAGGGUGUUCGGCUACAAAGCUGUUGAUGGAGACCAUGAAACCCUUUACUUGUCGAGUAACAAGCACCUGAAGGGAGAAGGUCUGGAAGUCAUGACCCAAGCGAUGAUGAGCAACUUGCAGAACCUCAUGCUGCACAGCAUCGGAUCGGCUUCGGAUCAGAAGACCUGGAAGGAAGACGGCCUGUUCAUGUACAGCUACAAUAUUGUUUUCAGAGCUGGCUACUUAGCUUUGUAUGGAAACGUCCCGCACAAGUCAGAGGGGAGCACAGAGAAAGCCAAAGAGAAGGACAGAUCCGAGUCCGAAGCUUUGUUUUACGAGUUUCGGAAAUACGAUCAACUCUUUCCCAACUUGGCAUACGGGGUGCUUCUCCCCAAGGAGAAAAGGGAGGCCGACAGGUUGCAGUCAUUUUUCUGGGAUGCUGUGUCGGUGCAGAAGCUCAAGAGCAAGGACAACAUCAGCCGCUGGGUGUGGGACAUGCAGCAGGCCAAAGAGGAGAUGGGCAUGCAGGAGGCCAUGAUCAACAAGUACCUGUUUGUGCUCCUGUGGGCGUCUCAGGGUAACACGGGUCCCUCCUCGUUCUGGUUUCUCCUCUUCCUCCUGAAGCACCCAGAAGCUAUGAAAGCGGUGAGGGACGAGGUGGACAAAGUCCUGAAAGAGUCCGGACAGGAAGUGCGACCCGGUGGCCCCCUAAUAGAUCUGACCCGCGAGAUGCUGAUGAAGAUGCCGAUCAUGGACAGCGCGGUGGAGGAGACCCUCAGACUCACGGCGGCACCCCUCCUCACCCGAGCCGUGCUCCAGGACAUGACCCUGAAGAUGGCCGACGGCCGGGAGUAUUUCAUCCGCGAAGGUGACAGAAUGGCCAUAUUUCCUUACAACGCAGUCCACCUGGACCCAGAGAUCCACCCGGACCCUCACACCUUCAAAUACGACCGCUUUCUGAACCCAGACGGGAGCAGGAAAACGGACUUUUACAAAGGAGGGAAGAAGGUCAAGUACUACAACAUGCCCUGGGGGGCCGGAGUCUCCAUGUGUCCUGGUCGCUUCUUCGCCACCAACGAGCUGAAACAGUUUGCUUUCCUCAUGCUGGUUUAUUUUGAGUUUGAGCUGAAGAACCCUGACGUGGAAAUCCCCCAGAUCGACUUCAAGCGUUGGGGUUUUGGGUCCAUGCAGCCCGUCAAAGAUGUUCAGUUCCGAUACAGACUCCGGUUUUAACCUGCUCGCUUUGUCAAACAUGACAUCAGCAACUUUUAAUUUGAAUAGUAAACAAUGUUUUUUUUUUUUUGUGCAUAUUUUGGAAGUUUAAAGUUGUUUGUUCGCAAAUCAACAAAGUAUAUCAUGGAAGGAACGAGUCAAACUUCCUGUCAGGUCAUCUGUUCGACUUCCUCUGAUUAAUGAUCACAAAGCAGCUCAAUCCUGUCAAUCACACCUACAAUGUUUUAUAAUAAACAGAGUUACUGUGA